AUGGCACCGCAGGAGUGGCAUACAGGGAACGAGACAGUCUCGCUUAUCGUUCCUUACGACGCGGAGAGAAAGCUGCAGAACGCGGCCAUCUCUGACAAGUACGCCAUCCCGGAUCGGACCAUUGGCGCUCUUCUCCAUCAUCUCGCUGAAGGAGAAGGUGCAUGUAGUAUAGGCAAUAACAUUACUGUAAUCUUCGACUGCUGUCAUUCUGGAUCUGGCACUCGCGAGUUCACAAGUCCGACCGUAUCAGGUUCACGCCGUACGCGAGGCUUUACGCUGGAAGGAGUCCUUCCGGCAGACCUUGAUCGUGAAAUCAUCUGCAACAUCCCCCGCGCUCGUGAUAUCAACGUAUCAGCAGGCUUCACAUACUCGGGCGCUAUGUCUCACGUACUCCUCGCUGCCUGUCGCGAGAACGAGUUUGCAUUCGAAGAUCAUGGACGCGGGUACUUUACUCAAGAGCUCCUGAACACGUUACGUGCGGCCAAGCCUGACCUGGACAUCACAUACAAGGAGCUUAUGCGACGGAUAACAAGAUCUGAAGGGCAAACGCCACAGUGCGAGGGUUACUAUGUGGAUCGCUUGCUCUUUAGUACGCGUGUCUCUGGACAACGCGGAGCGUACAAUGUGGAACCCCUCAGUCCAGGUCAAUACGUCGUGCAUGCGGGGAUCAUCAAUGGCGUCGUGGAGGGCACAAGAUUUUCCGUUUACUUGGACCGCGAUUGCAAGUCUGAUGCCCAGCCCGUGGCAGUGUUGAAGGCGGCAAAGGUUCACGCCUUGACCUCGAUCUUGGCCUUUGAUGAGGGCUCGACUCGAGUUACGCAGGAUCGACUCGACAGCGCCUCUUCCCUCUUCGCCGUUCCCGAGAACGUUUUAGGGAAGGGAGAAGCACUUCUUACAUAUAUGGAGUUCGCGCAUCGGGACCAUCGCAGCAUUCCGGAGGCUCUCAAGGACCUCACACGCGUUCCCAAGGAUAGCACCAGAGCAUUCGACGCCGUGAUGGACCACGGGACGCACGCAAGCGUCGAGGCGCAUGGAGCUGGAGGUGACGUUCCGGCGGCUGUUCACGAGCUCUUCAUCGGCUUGUUGUCAAUAUGUGGCGCACCGACGGUGGAGGCCUUUCCGAAGAAGCAGCCCAUCCUCAAUGCAACGUCCCACUUCUUCGCACAUCUCAAUCGCGUCCCACAAGACCGUGUCCUGAUAGACAAGAUUGAGAUCCAGGUCCUCGAGUUGCAGCUUGACGCACAAGCAUGGCACAACUCGCACAGUUCUCGCAACGUCUAUGACCCAAUAACCGGAGUAGCCAACGUUAUCGCAGACGACCGCACGCCGUACGGGAUACUAUUGCGGAACAACUCCACUGUCCGCCUUCACGUCUGGGCGUUCUACUUCAACAAUAGGACACUGGCUAUAUCCGAAUACUACCGCCCACCGGCAAUAGGAAACGAUGCUGAAGGAGUUCUCCCCGGAAAGUGCAACCAUACGAAGUGCGACCACCCUCGCGACCUUGUCGCACAAGGCGAGACUAGAGGCGAACUCACGAUCGGUUACGGUUCUGGUGGAGGGCGGCCGUAUUGCUUCGCCUUGCCGGAUGGUCACGACUGGGAGGAGGGCUACAUCAAGCUCUUCUUCUCCACACGACCCAUAGACCUCACGCAUAUCGAGCAGCAGACGCCGCUCCACCCCACGACAACCCGCGAUAUCAAGUUGAAGGAUGAUCCUGUGGAGCACUGGGAUACCGUCACGAUUAAGGUCGUGCAACGGCGGCGGCGGUGA